UGCAUGUAAGCUAAACGAUAAAAAUAGGGCCGAUCGCCUUGCACAACCUCGAAUGUCGCUGCUGGGGAAACCAAUAAGUUAUAAUCGUGGCGCACGUCGUGAUGCCCGUUAUAGAAGGCUUCAAAGUCGUGUUUACAAUUUUUUGGAACGACCAAGGGGCGUACCGGCCAUUUUGUAUCAUGUUCUUGUAUUUUUAAUGGUAUUCACAUGCUUGGCCUUGAGCGUUUUCUGCACAAUAGACGAAUACGAAGAUCAAGCAAUUGAUAUACUACUCAAAAUGGAGAUAGUAGUUGUUAUCUGGUUUACAAUGGAGUUUUCUGGACGACUAUGGUCAUCAGGCUGUCGCUCCCGCUAUCAAGGGCCUAUGGGUCGCUUGAAAUUUCUCAAACGACCAUUUUGUAUCAUAGAUGUUGUAACAAUCGGUGCAUCGAUAAUCGUAAUAGGUAUGGGUACAUCUGGUCAAGUAUUUGCAACUAGUGCACUGCGUGGUCUACGAUUUUUUCAAAUUCUCCGAAUGGUGCGGAUGGAUAGAAGAGGCGGCACAUGGAAAUUACUUGGAAGCGUUGUAUAUGCUCAUAGACAA